GUUAAUUUCUAUCUCGACCGCGCGCCCCUGCUCGACCUGGACUCUAAGGAAACAUCCAUCUGUCAGUGCAACUAGCUGCCUCUGUAUUGCAUCACCGCAUUAUAUCCUUGGUAUAAUAAGCAGUUUCUAGCCAGUGACUUUCGAGCAGCACAACUUGGGCGCGAACUCUGAGCAAAUGUCGUUCUUCGGGCUCACAUCCUUCGGGCCACAAGACCCCGUCAAAGACAGAGUCAAGACAUCACACGAGUACGUGUUCCACACAUUCCCCAUCGAGCACUACACCGACACGUUCACCAAAUACACAAUAGGCGACUCAGACAUCUCCGUGGCGCUGGAGGUGGAUGGCGCCACACACAUAGUCCGGGCCAAACUUGGCGACAUCCUCAAGGACAUCCUGGGCCGGCAGCCGCGCAAGCACGAGCUGGAUGCCUGGUUCACGCACCUGGAUUUUGACCGGUCGGGUGUGAUGGGCAUUGACGAGUACAUCAAGGGCGUUGAGCGGCUGCUGGAGUUCAGCGCCACGGGCGUCACGCCCGCCACCUACUCCUCAUUCGACACGCAGCGGACGGACUGGGUGCGCCACACGCGGGUGGGCUACGAGGCGCAGCAGACCCUGCGCGGCCCCAUGACCACCGCGCAGGAGGUGGGCUGGCACACAGCCAAGCCCGCGCCGCCCGAGACGGCGCAGCGCAGGACGCUGGGCAGCACGGACGUGACGCAGCGCGAGGGCCACACCGCAGCCUCCUACUACGGCCACUUCCUGGGGUAGAGGGCUAGGGGGUGGGAGGGCUACUAGGCUUGACACGGGCCUGCAACGGUCAGGAUUGUGGAUACAACAGGUCCGUCGUAUAACUGCGGCGCGCUUUGUGGGCGUGGCGCGUUCAAGGUUGAGCGGAUGGGGAUACGCGCGGCGCAAUGAGUUUGUAUAGGCGAUGGAUGUUUAGGUAGGUUGCGAGGCAGGUUCAGCAAGCGCGCAAGAAGCAGGGAUGGUUGGUUACGUUGGCAUCCUGCCUGCACAUAAGCUGCGCAAGCGGGUGUACAUCUACAGGGUUGGUGAGGACGAAAACGCUCGGGUGGAUGAGCGGCUGUCAGGUGGCUAUGGCCCCCAGCGAGGGACCGGGUGCGCUGCGUAUUGGGUGCGCAGGUUGAGGAAGCAGGAGACGUGAUGGGUAGAAUUGUAGACUAGAAAUUCUGGCCCUUGCAUUUUGGUGCAACUGACCAUGGAGGUCUCAGGAGUUGCCGCCGUACAUCUUGCUGGGUGGUGUUGAGGUAGUAGCACUGGUGCUGUAUAACCGUCAGAGGAAUGCUGCACUGAAUUUUGGACAUUCGAUGUGUCUGUGAGCAUUCGCGGAGUGGCUGUAGCAAGUCUAGCAACA